CCCAGCGCAGACCCGGGAGAACUCCGCGCGGAUCUCCGAGCGUCUGUGCUUCUGCCGAUCUGUGCCGCUCUGUCCGUUGGAGUCGAGUUAUGGCCCGCUGCUGGGCUGCUGGGCCUCCAUGCCAGCCAUGGUGCUUAGCACGUGAGUCUGGCCUGCCGAUGGGGCGCCAUGCGAGCCCCGGCGCUGCUCGCCGUGCUCCUGGCUGGCGACCGCGCGGAGGGCCUCGCCUGCCAGGAGCUGCUGACGUCGGUGGCGGCGGUGCUCGACGAGGGCGACGGGGCGCGUGCUGCUGCCGAGCUGGAGGGCACGAGAGCGGGGCCCUGUCGGCAGAGUGGCUACUGGUGGCUGCUGCGCGGCCGGUCGGAGGCCCUCUUGGGCCGGGAUGCGCGCAGCAGCUUCGCGGUCGCGGAGGACCUCUACGCGACCGGGCUCCUGGGUGCGCAGUCUUCGUCCGGCAGUGUUGGCGAGGGUGGCCUGGAGCGGCUCGUCCGCGAGCGGCGCACCGACGUGUAUGACUUCGACGAGGCGUUCGGCUUCCCGGUCUACUCGCGUCUGUACGCGCACCCCGAACUCAAGCGCUCACGGGGUACACUUUUCCGCCAGCUGCAGCAGGGCACAGGCGCCGCCGCUGUGAGCGAGGAGGUGCGCGCGUGGGUGACCGCGUCGGUCGCAGACUUCGCGCGCUUGCGGGUCGACAGUCGCGUCGUGGGGCGCCAGGGCGACGCCGACCAGAUGCUCGGUGCCCUGGACGAGAUUCAGGCAGCCGUCGUCGGCGCGCGGGUCGCCUGGAGCGCACCGGCGGCGGCGGCCGACAGGCGUGCGCCGCGGGCGCUGGGGCCCCACCUCACAGCGCUGUACUUGGUGCGGGGCACCGAGUCCAGACUCUGCCUGCGGAGCCAGCGCCAGGACGCGAUGGCGACGUGGCGGCAUGGGGCCCGCGGCGGAGUCUCUGAGGCGAUCGUGCGGGAGGGCGAGCUGCUGCUCUUCCACAGGGCACUGGAGGUUGUCGAGUGUGCAGCCAGCCCCCCUCCAUGCCAGGAUGCCGCGUGCACCUCGGCGCCGGGGUCGGGACAGGCGGCGUGGGCGGCCUUCGACGUGUGGUUCAGGUCGCCACUGGCUGAGGAUGCUGGCGUGCAGGAGGACAGCCUGAGCUUCGCGUCGGUGCCGCGCGGGCUCGCAUUCGCGCGGAAGGUACUGCGCGGAGCCCCCGCGGGCAACGUCACACUGCUCUUCCCGACGCCGCUGAGGGCGGUCCGCAGCCACUACGCCCACGAGGACCCGGCCAUCAACUUUCUCGCGCGCGCGCCAGUCUCCUGGCGACCGCCUCUGCUGCCGCUGGCGGGCGAGGACCUCCCUGGAGCCCCGCCCUGUCCGGAGGGCCUCUCCUCUGCGCUGGACCACGCCGCCGCCCUCGGGCUGCGGAGCGCGCUGCUCGACGCCGCCGCCGGGUUCCUCUCGGACCGCGC